GGUAAAUUAGCAUAAUAUCUACAUGGUUCUUAAUAAACUUAUGCGUUUGACUAUUUGUAUGCAAAUAAACGGACAGAGGACUGGUGAAAUUAGUAUAAAUAUGCCGGCGAACGGAAGUGUGUUAUUAGUUCAAGAAAUUUGUCUGAGUUAAGUGUAGCCAACCGUUAACGGAGCCAAAAUAAAAUGAAAUUCUUUGUUGCUAUUGCCUUCGCCGUUAUUGCCAGCGUUGCUGCUGAUGUCAGCCACCUGAGCAACACCUACCUGCCACCAUCGGGUGCUGCCAGCUCCGUUUCUUCCGAGUACUUGCCACCUGCAGCCAGUACACAGCAUGUUAGCUACGCUGCACCAAGCUACUCAACAGCUGCAUCUGCUCCCAGUGUGACCUACGCUGCGCCUAGCAGCUCGGUCUCUUACUCAGCACCUGUCGCUGCCGCUUCAGCUCCAAGAGUUUCAUUCGCACCAGCCCGUUCGGUCUCUUACUCAGCUCCAGCACGUUCCGUCUCAUCAUACUCAGCUCCAGUUGCUGCCGCUUCAUACUCAGUACCCACAUACUCAGCUCCAGCUACAUCGUACUCAGCUCCAGCUCGUUCUGUUUCCUACUCAGCUCCUGUUGCUGCCGCUUCGUACUCAGUACCCACAUACUCAGCUCCAGCUCGUUCCGUUUCCUACUCGGCUCCAGCUGCAUCGUACUCAGCACCAGUUGCUGCUGCAUCCUACAGCGCUCCAGUUUCUGUCUCGUACUCUGCACCAGCUCGUUCCGUUUCCUACUCUGCUCCAGCUGCAUCCUACUCAGCUCCAGUAGCUGCCGCUUCGUACUCGGCACCCACAUACUCAGCUCCUGCUGUUUCCUACUCAGCUCCAGUUGCUGCUGCUUCGUACUCGGCACCCACAUACUCCGCUCCAGCUGCUUCUUACUCAGCUCCAGUUGCUGCCGCUUCGUACUCAGCGCCCUCUUACUCCGGUAUUGACACCGCCUACGGUGCCAACGGUGGUUACAUCUACCGCAAACGUCGUUAGGAUUUCAAAAUCAUUGGUUUAUAUAUAUUUAUACGUAUAUGUAAUAUGUGUGUCGUAUGGAAAGAUGAAGCGAUAACGAAAUAAAAAUGCAUUUGAUAUAAUUUUGAUAAAAAAAA